CAGUUGAUUGUCUCGUUGUCAGUAUUUUUAUCAGUACAAAACUAUGACUUCUCUGCUAAUUCAUUCACUUUUCGCCUUUUACAGCUACCCCUAUUUUUGGCAUUGCUUUUUAUCAGCAAACCAGCUGAUGGCGCUAAGCAGGACGAAUCGCAAACUACAGCAAAACAAAGCGAUGAGACAAGCACAGUGCUAAUAACCACUGUUGCCGACAGCAACACCAAAGCAACUUUGAAGAUUAGCCAUAAUAGUACCUUCAGCUCCAAUAAUACCACAAAAACUACCGAAAAAGCCAGCUACCCGAAGAAGGUACAGUCACUGAAGAAGCGACCAACGAAAACGCCCACAUCCUACGUGACCGCGGCGACAACGUCAAACUCGAAAAGCAAACGCAAGAAAGUAACGGAUGUGACGGCCGCCUUCAAGGACUUACCAGCUGACGAUUUGGAAUUCAUCAAAGAGUUGGACAAGCAAUUCCAACUGCAUGGCGAAAACAUCAAAAUCAAGGUGGAACACGACAACACCACCGAGAGCGAGAAGCAGAAUAGCAAGCGCACCAUUGACGGCGAGUUGGGCUAUGGCGCCUACUCUUCGCACAACGGCUACCAUUAUGAGCGGCCCAAAUUUGUGUUCUAUCCUUACUCGCAACAGAACAUACCCGCCGAUGCGCCUGGCUACUAUCCACCCAAGACGGAUGUCAGCAUUGAGCCUUCCUACUCAUAUGAGCUUCAGCCGCAGAGCUAUGUGGAGCAACCGGAACAUGGCGCAGAACAGCCGCCAAACGUGCUUGAUGUGCCGCGCCAUCCGCAUCAACCGACAACGCAGCAGGCACAGCAUGGCGGCUACGAGGAGCCCGUCAUCGUCUUGCGCAUACCCGGUCCCACCAAGUAUGCCUCUCAUCUUCAAACGCUGCUGCAGCAGUAUUUGGAGAUACGCGCGGCGCAAUACCUGCGCAUAUUGGAAGAAGCCGAGCAGCAGAGCCAUCAGUCACAUGUACAGCACCAACAACAGCAACACCAAGUGCUUCAACAGCAGCAGCACGAACAACAAGCACAUCUGUACGAAGAACAAGUACAGCAGCAACAGCAAGCGGUCGCACCAGCGCAAGCGUACGCUGAGCCAACGCAUGAGCUGCAACCGCCAACGCAUGGACAGCAUACCGCUCAGCAGCUAACUGCAGCAGAAGAGGAGCAUGCCUAUUCUCCUGAAGUGACGUAUGCGCAUCAAGUGGUCGCUACUCCACAACCGAUUGCGUAUCCGGGAAUCAAUGAGGUCUACCAAGGCUACAAGGGAAAAGUGAAUGCGCAGCAUGCAGCACCACUUCAGCAACAUCAUCUGGUGCAGCAUCAACAUCACCACCAGCAGCAGCAGCAGCAGCAGCAAGAAGUAGAAUAUGUGCCACAGCAGCAAAUUGAAGCGGAACAUCCGCAGCAACAAUACUUUGUACACGCCGCGCAGCAGCCGGCGGUGCCGCAAUACUACUACGUACCGGAAGCACAAUUUGGCGCGCAUGGCGGCAGCACACACUACCAAAAUGUCUACUUUAUGGCGAUAUCGCCGCAGGGCGUCUACGAUGGGCAUGCGGCGCAGCACGCGGCGUCGUUGCAACACCAGCCCAUCUAUGUGCAGGAGGAGGAGCAGGAGCUGCAACAACAUCACCACCAACACCAACCGGCAGCACCACAGCAAUCGCUGCAACNGCUGCAGCAACAUCAUCUGGUGCAGCAUCAACAUCACCAGCAGCAGCAACAGCAAGAAGUAGAAUAUGUGCCACAGCAGCAAAUUGAAGCGGAACAUCCGCAGCAACAAUACUUUGUACACACCGCGCAGCAGCCGGCGGUGCCGCAGUACUACUACGUACCGGAAGCACAAUUUGGCGCGCAUGGCGGCAGCACACACUACCAAAAUGUCUACUUUAUGGCGAUAUCGCCGCAGGGCGCCUACGAUGGGCAUGCGGCGCAGCACGCGGCGUCGUUGCAACACCAGCCCAUCUAUGUGCAGGAGGAGGAGCAGGAGCUCCGACAACAUCACCACCAACACCAACCGGCAGCACCACAGCAAUCGCUGCAACAGCAUGAACAGCAACACGAGUUGGCUGCCGCGCAUGCCGAAGCGCUGAACGAGAAUAGCCCACGCCAAACGCACACCAAAGUCAUUUACACGCACAACAGCGAGAAAGGCGCCGCAGAUUAUGCCGGUAGCUAUAAAUUGCCAUCGAUACGGCCAUUCGAACGCCAUGCCAGCACAUCAGCAGCAGCGUACCACCACCAGCAACAACUGCAAGCGCAGCUGCUGCACGAACAGCAGCACGAGCAACUGGAAUUGGAGCAGCAAGAGUAUCAGCAGCCAGAGCUGCACCAGCAGCAAAUCGACUAUGAUGCGGCGCCCACGCAUGCCGCCUCCGAGAAUGAACAAUCGGCUGCAGUCACACCGCGUCCAUUUAAUUAUCACGCGCAUAGCGCAAAACCCGCGCGACGACGCGGCAAUCGUAAGCGUGGCGCUACAACGCCUCCAACCACUGCGGCGCCAAGUGUCGCGCAAGUAGAUGAACACUUACAGAAGAUACGCAAUUUCGUGCGUGAGAAUUUGGGCGCCCAAAUGAGUACGGCUGUGGAGUACAAAACGACGACGGUGGUGAAGAGUUAGGCAGGCGGAGGUGACGCGUGUGGAGAGAUGCUUGCGCGUGAUGCGCUUCGAUGCGGUGUGCGCGCCGUGAAAUAUGCUACAAAAUGCGAAAUGCAUGGGAUACUGAAAUAAUUUUUUCAACAUCAUUUUGCGCCAGUUUCUCAUUUACAUACGUACAUACAUACGUAUAACGAAUAAGCCUAGCUACCUUGAAUUCCUAGUUCUCUCAUAUUUUGUAACAUAAAUUCGCAAGAAAAUAUACAUAAUUUGCAUCUCAUCUUUAAGGAAAUCGAUUGCAGAAUCGUAAAAAAAAUGUAUUCCUUAAUACAUAAUUUAGUGGCUCAAAACGCUUAAAAAUUAAAAAUUCAAUUUGAAAAGUCCUUUUUAGUCUGCAGUUUGUUGUCCGCUACUUGAGAGAGAUAACUCUUUAAUUGUUGGCGUUAUAGUAAAAAUGUUGAGCGAUUUGAAAAUUUAGUUCAAUAAUCGCGUUCUACUGCAUUAGGUUCCAAUGCCAAUAAGAGAAAAAAAGCUACAGGCUUGCCAAAAUAGCAGAAUAAAAGUUGCUCAAUUCAGAUCUUAUUUGCUAAUUUGAAAGAAAAAAUGCGUUGAAAAAUCUAGAAAAGCCACAAAUCAAAAGCCCGUGUUCGCAUUUUGUAUAAAUAUUUCAUAAAUUUUGCGCAUCACUAUUUUUGUAUUUGAAGUUGAUUUAUU